GUAGAAAAUAACUAAAUAAUAUUGAUACAACACUCGACAUAAUUCAUGUUAAACUACAGCUAGAGCAAUGACAGAUAAUUACAACAUAAAACCAAUUUAGCUAUAAUAUUGUUCCAGUAUAUUUUAUCUAAGCACUCGAAGUAAAUAAUCACAAAUGUGAAGAUAUUAUAUAAAGUAAAAUUAUUCAAUUAUCUACCUAUUAAAUAUCACUGUACGUUGGAGUUGUAUGCGGAAAGUAUAACUUGUAAACUAUGAAUAUUUAUUUUUUAAUUAUCAGUCAACUAAUAAUAGUCGGAUCUCAGAAAAGUGAAAGUAAAGACAUAAUUGUCGGACAUAAUAACCAAGAUAAUAACAAGUUCCUAUUAAAGGAUGAUAGUAGUGAAAUUUCGAAGAAAUUAAAUCAUUAUGGUCAUAAUCAAAUACGAAGUGCUAGCGAUGUAUUAAACAGUAUAAAAAAUAGUAUCAAAAACGCUUGGAAUUAUAUUAAAAAUAUAGCCAAUAAUACAAAGGAAAAAAUAACAAAUUUGAUACAAAACGUGAAAACUCGUGCCGAAAAAAUGAGGAUUGAAUUUGAAAAACGUUUGAAUAAACUUAAAGAGAAGAUGACAGAUAUUAUAAAAAAAGUAGUGGGUACAGGAGAACUUGUAAAAAUAUGUUUACAAGAUCAAGAAGAAGAAAUAGAAAUUGUUUUAAAACAAAUAUUAAAACACGUAACUGAAUGCAUGUCAAAUAGUCUUAUUCCAGUUGCAUUGUUACAAAAUCAAACAUCUCUUAUACUUGACGAAUCAGAAUUUGCUAAAGAUUUGAAAAAAAAUAUCGACAUAUGUAUGAAAACGAAUGAUGUUGAUGAAGAGUGUCUUCAUGAAGCUAGAAGACAUAUAUUAGACGAAAUAAAUGACAAGGAAAAUGAGAUACUAGUAAAACGAUUGAUAUCGGGAAAUACUAUCGACGGUGUACUAGAUACUAUUAUCAACUGUUCAAUAGAAGGGCUAAUAGCAGCAUCCAGUAACAUUACAAUGGAAGCAAUUGAAGUAAUACAAUGUGUUAAGGAUCAAAAAACAAAUACAACGGUUUAG